CCUGCAGACAGCUUGCUCAGCACUGAGAUUGACAUGAGUCGCUACACCUCACUUGAGAAGGUGAGAGCCUUUGAGUAAGUAAAUGAGGGUGUGCACAGUAGAAGGCUAGAGUUGGAUCGUGCUCAGGUAAGCCUAAGCUUAAGUGAUGGAAGUCUACUUGUCAUAUCUCACUCUUUCUUACUCUGUGAGUGAGUGAGUGAGUGAGUGUGAGGGUGUGUGUGUGUGUGUGCGUAAGUGAUGCUUUUUAGUACAGUGAUGGAGUCAAGAUCAUUGUCACAUGAGCUCAUGAUUCUCCUCUUGGCUUUUCUAGUAGUUGCUGCGCUUGUGAUCGAGCUCCACUGACAGGUCUAAUACACGGCCAGCCUCGCACUUGCUUUUCCAGUCAGCCAUCCGACUGUGAUAUCCUCUGUGAGUUGUAGUCGCACAGUUUUCGCAGAGUUCGCAACCCAGACAAGGACGCCUUUUGCAGCCAGGGGUCUUGCAAUGCAUUGGAGUGAGAAACAGGGAGAACUGUUGUUGUGGGUGUCAUUGUUGAGGUGUUUCAUGGUGUGACUAUGCCUUGAGUGAUAUGCGAAUUCAACAGUGAGCUUGAGAUGGGAGACAUGUACGAGAUUUCGAAUGAAGUCACCAGACAACGGCCCGUUUUGCUUGGCCUUCGCAGCUUUCCUCCAGCGGGCAUGGCCGGGUCUCCCUCUCCUGCUUACCAGGCCCGCCUCAGUCUCUUAAACUCCGCUGUUGUGUUCCCUCCUACUCCAGCUAGGGCUGUUCUCUAUGACAUAUCUGUGCACAACCUAAGUUAUAAGGUAAUUUCAAAGGACAACAACGAGAGAAUAUUGCUGAACAAUGUCUCCGCUCGUGCGAACCAUAGUGAAGUGCUGGCAAUUGCGGGGCCUUCUGGGUCAUCGAAAACCACCUUUCUUGACGCUCUGGCAGGGCAGAUUCAGCGUAAGAGUUUGAAGGGUCAAAUUCUAGUUAAUGGCAGGACGAUGGAUUCAAACUUCAGACGCGUGUCAGCGUAUGUCACUCAGGAUGAUGCGUUGUAUCCAACCUUGACCACGCGGGAGACGCUCAUGUUCAGUGCGCGGUUGCGACUUCCAAGCAGCAUGACGAUAGAAGAGAAACGCAAACGUACAGAAUUUCUAAUUGAGAUGCUUGGUCUCAAAGAAUGUGCUGACACGUACGUCGGUGAUGAGAAGAUGAGGGGUGUUUCGGGUGGAGAGAGACGCCGAGUCUCUAUUGGAGUUGAUCUCGUACACGACCCAGCAGUUUUGUUUCUUGAUGAACCCACGUCAGGCCUAGACAGCACAUCUGCUCUUCAUGUUAUGCAAAUUUUGUCUCAAAUGGCGAUAAAACGCAACCGCACUGUAAUCGUGACUAUCCAUCAGCCCAGUUACCGAAUCCUCGAUACAAUCAAUAACUUCUUAGUGAUGUCCAGAGGGAACGUUAUCUACCACGGCGACGUCCCACAGAUGGAGGUUUACUUCAACAACCUCGGGUACACUAUGCCAGAAAAUAUGAGCGUGGUGGAGUAUGCUUUGGACAUCAUCGAGAAAUGUCAAGACACACAUGAAGGUCUUGCUUCCCUGGUUGAUUGUCAGGUGAAGUACCAACAGUCAAAAGAGGCCCUGAUGCCACUGCCACUUGGAAGCCCAACCAAUGUUCCCCAAGCAAUCGACACUUCCACCCCCGCUUUUGCUACUUCAAUCCUCUCAGAAAUGUGGGUCCUGGGAGUCAGGUUUUUUCUCACGACGUUCCGCUCGAGGCUACUAUUUUGGACACGAGUCAGCCUUUCGAUUGUGGCGGCCUUGAUAAUGGGGAGCCUCUUCUUCAACUCUGGCUAUGACUACACGGGCAUCCUCCAACGCACAGGGUUCUUCAACUUCAUGCUUGUCACUCUUAUCUUCAGUUCCAACGAAGGCCUACCCAUCUUCCUGAGAGAGCGUCACAUCUACAUCCGUGAAUCCUCACGUGGCGCAUACAGGACGUUCUCAUUUGUGCUAGCCCAAGCAAUUGUCAUGCUGCCCUUCCAGUUGCUGAUAGCUGUAAUCUUCUCGUCGAUUUCUUACUUUAUGGUCGGGCUUGUCGCAAAAGCAAGCGCAUUCUUCACCUUCGUCCUCAUUUCCUUCCUCUCCCUCAGCGUGGCCAACUCCUUUGUCACUUUUGUUGCUAGCGUGAUGCCGGACGAGAGCGGUGGGCAGACUAUUGUCCUGGCCGUAUCUGCAAUGUACUACUUGUUCUCGGGCUUCUUCGUGCCAAGAUCUGGCAUCCCGAUGUACUGGAUAUGGUUCCACUACCUCUCCACAUUCAAAUACCCUUUCGAACUGCUUCUUGCAAAUGAAUACGGCCAUCUACGGGAGGUGAUGUGGUUCUUCGGAGUGGACUCAAAGACGGUGCUGAACUAUUUCGACACUGGCAAAGUGCUAGGCCGUCAGUGGAUCAACUAUACGGUCAUGGUGUCCUUCAUUGUAGGCUACCGAGUGCUCUUCUACUUCUCCCUGAGGUUCUUCACCAAAAACCUCCGAAAGUAGCCAACCAAUCUAGCAGCAGAGGGUGGCACUUGUAAUUGGCAAACCAUCACAUUACCCAAGCAUAAACCAUCAACUUUAUCUCCGCAUUCACUGUAAUUAAUUGAUUCCAGUUUGUGAUUAGGCAUCCACCCAUCUCCAA